AUGAUAAUUUUUAUCGUUAGGUGGAAAGCAAUUUGCUAUCACUACGUGAGAAGAAAGCGGCAAGUUACGAGGUAUAGGAAUGGAGACGCCUAUACAACUACACAGGUAUAUUACGAACGAGUGAACACUCACAGUGCUAGUACAUCAUUCGCACAUGCUUGUUGUGGACAACGGGACGCAUCACGAAACUUGGUUUUGGACACGAAAACCCCUAUCACCAAAGUGAGGUUCAGCAAAGGAUUCGCUUUUGCAAACAUUGAAGCGGCUAGCGAAUUCGAAGAUCAAAGGUCAAGAUUCUUCGCGGAACAUGAAAGGUUUGAUGAUUUUAUGGAAAUGCGUGAGGGGUUAGAUUUAAUUGGAGUCAGUUCGUUCAAGGAGUAUAUGGUAGCUUAUAGGGAUACCGAUCGAUGUCCGUGGUAUGCCUCUCAACUACUAUUCUGGAGCUUGUCUUGUCUUCUCCUAUCCUGGCCCCUUAGGAUCGUGAUAGAAUGCAACACGGCGUAUGUGCAUUAUACGAUAACAAAGAUAUUCGGCACAAAUUACGAACUGGAUCCGAGUAGACAACUAGACUUAGACACACAUCUCUCAGACACUAUGCCUCCAGUGCCAGCAACUAAUUACGCUUGGGCUCUUGCAGACGAGCAGAGCGCAGUUCUUUGUUCGGCCCCAAGGCCACCAAGAACCCUUCCUCUUUCCCACGCCUCAACCGUUGAUAGCCUAGAACUCUUCGCAGCAAUCCGAGGUAAUUGUGCCAUUGUUCCAUCUUACUCAGAAGCCAUGCGUAUAGAUGCAGCCUUACGGGAAGAACCUGCUGAUAACGCUUCGAACCCUGGAGUUCUUAUAGACAUAGAAUCUGAGAGACCCCGACCAGCUAUCAAAGCUGCAUCCUUCGAUGAACCUCCUCGACGGGCCAAAGUAACUAUAACUGGUACGCACUCCAGCCACAACAUUGCUGAUAUAAAUCAAGCCAAGCAGCUGAAUCGAAGGUCGUGGGCGGGAGUCAUUACAUCGGCAAGGAGUGCAAGACAGAUCAUAGACGAUUUAGCUAGUAACGUCAAUUAUGAGCAAAUACCAGAGACAGUACCUAGACAAAGGGAAAACGCUGUCUAUUACUCCAGGGAGUUGUCCCCUAUUUCGUCUAGAGAUCCUUUUGGUGGUCGAGAACAAACAACGCCUACGGAUGAACCCCCUUCUUAUGAAGAAGCGCUAAAACUGCCAGCCCUGCGCAAGUUAACUAGAUCUAUAACUGGAACUGACUUCGCUGGCCCCAGAAGAGCAUUCUUGAGGGACGUUCUUUCGAAUAGACGGUCCUGUUUGGAAGGUGUAGGAGUUCUAGCGGGAGCCAAAGUAGUUAGGUUACCGUGUAGCGAAUCUGGCGAGGAAACUCAUCUAUAA